CAAAGAGUUAAAUUCUCCAAGAAUUCAGUGUUAAAAAUUUUAUUUACUAGUGCAGAGGAUUAUUCACAGAUCAACAAAUUAUGGAUUACAUCUCCACAAUAUGGCAGUGUUUUUUAGUGCUAGUUCUUCUAAAAAGUGCUCACAGUCAUGCCCUGCCACAGAACACCUUCAAUGACAUCGCCAACAGGACCCAGUGCGUAUCCCUGUGCAGUGAAUGCGGCUGCCUGGGCUAUUUCUGUGGCGAAGAAUGCAUCUGCGAAUGCAUCUCAGACUCCGACAAGGACAUCAACUGCCUGUCCAAGCUCAAGGUUCGCUCAGACGCCCUCAAUCUGCCCUACGACCUCCUCAUUCAAGGCAGCGCUGGCCGCAGAUUCGUCCGGGAAGUGCGGGAUCUGACGCCAAAGCAGGAAGAAUUCUAUCACAGAAAUGAGAGAAGAGGACGAAGCGUCUACAAUAUUCACUCGCCAAAUCCCUGGAAGAGCGGAAAGGAGGAACCAGUGGCUUUUGAGGAUAGUCUGUUGGGAGCCCCGGGGUUUGGAGGAGGAGACCUGGGAUCUCUAGUGAGCAGAAUCAAGACGGAUACUGCCCUUCUGGGACUCAAACAGAAAUUGCUGAGUCCUCUUCCGGGACUUCCGGGCAGGAACACAAUCCUGGGCGAUGUGAAAAGCGACCUUAGGGAUGGGUAUGAGAAACUCAGGGAUGAAGUUAGGGCCAUUCCCAGGAAAUUGGACGAUAUAACAGAUGUCAAACUGAAGUCUCUGUUUCCAAGGAGGGAAAGCAUCCUGAAGGAGAAAUUGGACAUCAUAACAGACGCUGUGACUGAUACUGCAGAUGAUACCGUUGGUGAGACUCUCCUGAAGAUGAAGCUUGGAGCACUGAAACUAGGUGGGCGUGAUCGACUAGUCAAUUUAAUAAAAGGUCUGUAGGAGCAGUUAAUCUACAGAAAAAUCUUCCGGCAGUGCGAAAUUUUGUACAAAAUAAUUGAAAGAAAGUUUUC